UUCACCGGCAAAAUUGCGAACAAAUCGGCAACGGCGACGACGAAGACGAAGACGAAGACGAAGACGACAGUUGCUACCACCGUUUUCUCUCUGCUUCACUUUUCUUGUGUGCAUUCGCUACUCCGCUGCCCUGCACAGUCGAUCGCCCAGACGAAAACGUAGUCGAUCGAUUUCUCGGUUCAAAGCAGGUAAUAUGGGGAUAAUCAGAAGCAGUUUCUUCUUUCUAGUAGGGACUGGUUGCGGAGUGUACGUUGCCCAGAAUUACAAUGUCCCAAACAUAAAGAAACUCAUAAAUACAUAUAUGUUUGUGGCAAAGCACAUUGAAGAAUCCUACAGGAAGCCUAAGAAAGAUGACGAUUAGCCGGCAUAAAAGUAAUCUUUUCCUUGGCGUUGAUUUCCCAAAUAUCCAUGGACCCCUUAGCUGAAGAAUGGUUGAAGAUCACUACAUUUAGCUGAUCAUGAUUUGACAAGAUAAUAUACUUGCACCUUUAUCUUUCUGAUGGAUAACAGCAUUUGUGCUAUAGUAUGCUUCAUUCAACCUAUUGUUGCAGAAUUUGCUUGACAUAUAUUAAUAAUUCAGCACAGCAACAUACUUUGCACGGAUGAAGAAUUUGAGCUUCACGCUGUAAAAUUAACAUUUCUUGUGAAUUUCAUAUGAACUUGCUAUGCAUUGAUCGCAAUUUGAAAUUUAGCAGUGGUUUAGCUCCUCAUUUAUGGAUGAAUGCUAUCCAUUGCAAACUUUUCCCCA